AUGACUGACGACAUUUGCAGCAAGUAAGAGCGCAGACCCCAAUUGGUGCAUUCUGUGCAGCAGCGUUCUGCAGAGUUCACCGUCACGUCAGAUUGCAUCCGGGUGCACCCGGCAGCCGCCCGCACGGAAACCCUAGUCUCACUGAACUGUUCGAAUACAGUCGGUACCGUGUUACCCUAAACUGUUCUGUAUUCGAUACCGUGCCCGCAAAACAGUUUCCGGUAGUAUUUUGUGAAGCGAUGAUGAGUUGGCAUCGAUAUCUUCUUAUCGUUCUCUGUCUAAUUGCUAGUCUUGACAGCAGAAAAUUAACGAACGAGGAGAAUGAGAAGCGAUUGGAACAGUGCGGAAAAGUGCACAGACGUAUGUUUCCUGAAUCUUUCUCCAAGACAAUGGUACUGUUGCAGCGAAAGUGUUCAACGGAAGAGAGGCGGAUACGGAAGAGGCGCCGUGGUCCGUGCAAGUUUCGACUCCGAACGGCUCGUGCACCGGCACUCUUCUCUCCCCCAGACAUCUCAUUUCGACAUCCCAUUGCAUCGCGAAACAUGACGAAUCGGUGAAGAAGUGGAUGAAUAUCACUUUGAAGAAGACUUACUUCGAUAGAAGCACGUGCACUUCACAUGGGUGAGUCGGACAGUUUUUUAGGGAGGACCGCUCUUGCAUUACAGUAACCUAGUGAUCAACGAAGUGUUGGCCAGCAAAGUGACGGUGUAUCGGAACAAAACCCUCGUGGGCAGGGCCAAGUUUGUGAGUUGACCGUCUUUCGCCUCCCGAUGAUGAUUGUCCUUUCGAUUGUGCUCUUCAAUUUCUGUCGGAUCGCCCCUGGAGAGUAUUAUUUCGAGUACGCAGACGAUUUUAUGGUAGUCGAGUUGGCGGAUGACGUGGAAUACUCUCCGAUUCUCCAACCGGCUUGUCUUGCCAGUCAGACUUGUGGCAUUGAACAUUGCGAGUAAUUAAUUGCAGGGGAUAUCACUGACAACAAAGCCGGCACUGUUCUCGAUUUCUUCGGAUUCGGACAGAAUCGUCAGUAUUUUUCCGUCUAUCUAUUAUUACAAACGCACUUGUUUUCAGCCAAUCCAAACGAGAAUACAACUUCGAGCACCGGUGGAGUUCUGAGACACGAGAAGGUGAAAGUGCGGGAGAUGAACCCGAAGGGCACGUCGAAGCGCAUGGACUCGCGCCUUUUCUACACGAGAAGCGUCACUGAGACCUCGAUUGUCUGCCCGGUACUCUAAUAAUCCUCAACUUCCUCAGUCUAUGGAGCAAUUUCAGGGAGACAGUGGCGGCGGAGCUGUGCGGAAGAUCGACGGAAGGAUUACGGUAGUUGGAGCAUUGAUGAGAAGUGCUUUCCAGAUGAAAACGACCUGUGAAAGUAUUGUUUCUUUCAGCUUCUUGUCAAUACAUGAACAGAGGGAAGGAUGCAUUGGAAGUCCACGCAUCCGCAGGAUAUUACGCAGAGGACAUCUGCAAGUACACGGGAAUCUGCACUCCGCCCCGGGAACAAACUUCAUCCGGGUCCAUCUUAUCUUCAAUUUUUAUUUCAUUUCUGAUAAUUUCCAUGUUAUUCCUAUGAAUUCACAAACUACCCUCGCUCAUUAUCAUUGAUCUUCGAAUCUUUUGAACACAGACUUUCACGCCAGCACAAAUAAAAGAGCAGCCGGCAGGAGGUAUGAUCAAUUUAAACUCGAAAUGAAAUCCUUCUUCCUCUUCGCCUAACUGCUCUUUCUCGCCGCUUCUCUCGAACCGUCCUGGCUCAAAAUGCUUUCGGUUGUUAUUCAUUCGAGAACACUUUCUUUUUCCAGAUCAUCAUCGCACCGACCACCAUCACUUUGACGGCGCGAAAGAUAUUGAGCACCGAACUGCUCAAUAUCUUUCUUUAUUCUCAGGAUUUCAGCCUCUGGAACCCAUAUGUCCGGAUCUCUGUGGAUUGGAUUGGAACAGACUCCGGCGUGCAUCGGACAGAGACUCACGGUCACUUGCAAUCAGAACAAUUCUGAAAGCCUUUGA